AUGUUAAUCGUAAACAAACUUACUUUGCGUUUCUUGUUUUCUUUUAAAGUGUGCUGGAAACAAUCUCAGUAUAAUGUGAUCGCCGAUGUACACUGGUUCCUCGGUGAAAAAAAUUCUGUUUUGGAUAGAAAGAUACUUAAAGGUCAGCACAGUAUAUCGCACAUUACACGAGUACUUCACGUAGUUCAGAUGGAUCAUAAAACCCAGUGCAUCCACACCUUGAUGCUUAAAGGUAGGUUUUUGUCAUAGGGAAUAGGGGUAAGUAGCAUUGUUUUAUUUCAUUGUCAUGUGGGUAAAGGCAUGUUGCCGCAUAGAUUGAGAAGUCAAACUACAGCAAGGUUCGCAGGUCAGCAUGUUUUUAUUUGUGAGCUGAUCUACACAGCUUAUCAUAGGCAAUAGUUCACACGUUCAACCUGUCAAAUUUAGGGUAAAAUAACGAUUGUUCGAAAUGUACCAAAAUUCCCGACAUUAAGAAAAUAAACAGUAAAGGCUUUGGUAUUGAAUAUUGGUUACUAAGCAAGAGAGUCUAAGCAGUCCAUUGUGUCGUGUUAACCAAGAUAGUAUCUCGUCCGUUACGAAAGUAGUCUUCACGAUCGUCGCAAGUCAGUGACUACUGUCCCUAAGUGAUAUGACGGCAGUAAGGUGUUUUCCUCAGGCAACCAGCGUAAUAACCGAUGCUAGCUUUUCUCGGAGGGCGGAUGUGCUUACCUCGCCUAUCUGACGGAUUCCCGUCUCCAAGGGUAAGGUCUCAACUUGUGCGGAGGUUGUGUGGCCGGCCUUAUAAAGUUGCUCCCUGAGUACUGCGGUCACGCCGUCGGGUGACUAGAACCAACUCUAACCCAAUUUUGUUUUUAGGUACAUGCAGAGGAGCUUUUAGACGGUAUGAGAAUCGUGAAAUGAUAACCGCCUCGUUAUCUAACAGCACUCAAGAUUAUCGAAGUGCACUCUUUGGACAUAUUGCAUUCCUAAAUCUAGUCAGUCUUUCCACACCUGGGAUUUGAUUUACAAUGCUUCGCCUUUGAUCAGUUUGCUUAUAGGGAUUUACUAGCUAAAAUUUACGGAGUCCUGUCGCUUGUGUUUCACUACCUUCAUUGUUUCUGACUCAGUGUCGUAACAUACAGUUAGCGGGCGGUGAAACAAUAUUUAUUCGGCGUCAAUCGGUCUAGUUGUUAGUUCAUGACGUAAAACUAGCCCUAUUAAUCAAAGGAAUGCAAUCAAAUACCAAGUAAUAUAGUUUGAUGUAAAAGCAGUUGUAUAUCCUUGAGAGAACAACAAUCGAAAACUUGAGAAGUGCCAGUCCAUAUUAUCCUAGGUUGUUAACAUUGUUAGGUGUAAGGACGCCUCGUUCAGUCCCGACACUUACUUCGAAGCAAAUAAUCAAUCCUUUUAAGGUGGACUUUUACUUGAAAAUCGUGUGUUGCAGUUUUACGCAAGUCAUGUGGCUGGACGUCUUGCAGUGACCACUAAGAUUUCGCUGCUUGGUAAGCUGUGUUGCUUGAGUUAUUCAGUAUUUCGUAACCAAGUAUCCCUCUGUCGAUCUCGACAGUUCGCGUAACAUAUGUACGUCACUUCACAACCUUGUCGGCUUAUUACUUCUAGCUGCUUUACCUCGCCAACAAGAAUGAUACACCUUAUGCAGGUUAGUAAGAUUAAACCUAGUCCUUGUAUACUACUCCACUAGUUGGUCAACGCUAAUACAAAAAAUGUAGCGGAAACACCAAAUUCAACCAGCUAAAUCCCACAGGUUGCCUUUUUCAGUUGUUUUUCCAGGUAUUUUUUACAAGUGAUCAACCCGCCAGCUUCUGUACAUUUGAUAUUCAAUAUAUUAUCUUC